AUGGAGCGGGCACCGGGAGCGGGGUCGGGAUCGGGAUCGGGAUCGGGGUCAGGUUCGGGAUCGGGGUCGGGACCAGGACCGGUACCGGGGCGCUGGGCCGCCACCGCCUGCGUGGUGACCGGCGCUUCCCGCGGCUUCGGCCGCAGCCUGGCGCGGCUGCUGGCGCCGCAGCUCGGGCCCGGCUCGGCGCUGCUGCUGCUGGCGCGCUCCGCGGAUGCGCUGGCCGAGCUGGCGACCGAACUGCGCGCCGGGGCCACGGGCAGUGCCACGGGCAGUGCCACCGGGAGCGGCCCCGGCGGCAGCGAGCUGCGGGUGCAGUGCGUGCCCGCUGACCUGGGCUGCGAGGAGGGGCUGCGGAGGGCGAGCGCUGCCCUGCGGGAGCUGCUGCAGGACGCGUCCUUCGGCCGCCUGCUCCUGGUCAACAACGCCGGCUCCUUGGGAGACAUCUCCAAAUCCUUCCUGGACCUGACUGACCUGGAGGAGAUCAACGCCUACUUCUCCUUCAACAUCAGCUCUGCACUGUGCCUGACCUCCACGGCCCUGAGGGCCUUUGGGGCACGGCCUGGCUGCAGCAGGACCGUGGUGAACAUCUCAUCCCUGUGUGCCCAGGAGCCCUUCCCCAGCUGGGCCCUGUACUGCUCGGGGAAGGCUGCCAGGGAUAUGAUGUUCCGUGUGCUGGCCCUGGAGGAGCCCGGGCUCCGUGUGCUCAACUAUGCCCCAGGGCCCCUGGACACGGACAUGCAGCUCCUGGCCCGGACCAGGACCGGGGACCCUGGGCUGCGCCAGCACUUCCAGAGGCUGCAGGAGCAGGGGCAGCUCAUCCAGAGCUCUGUGUCAGCCCAGAAGCUGCUCCAGCUCCUGCAGGAGGAUUCCUUUCCCUCCGGAGCACACGUGGAUUUCUUUGACAUCUGAGCCCCUCCACCUUUGCCUGCCUGCUUUGCUUCCAGCUGAGCCUUUCCCUGGUGCCUCCAGCAGGACCUGUUCAAAUCCUGGGAUCUGGGAAGCUUUAAGGACAUCUCUGUGUGCCAUGUGGUGCCCUUUCCUGGCUCUGUGUGCCUUGUGGUGCCCUUUCCUGGCUCUGUGUGCCAUGUGGUGCCCCUUUCUGACUCUGUGUGCCAUGUGGUGCCCUUUCCUGGCUCUGUGUGCCAUGUGGUGCCCCUGUCUGACUCUGUGUGCCUUGUGGGGCUGGGCAGCAGCUCCUGCUGCUGAGCCCUCGCUGGCAGGGCUGCAGUCCCUCACUCCCAGGGAUUUGGGAUUUGUCCCCAUGGAAUCACCCUGGAGGCUCAGAGUCAGGAGUUUGUGGGAGCCCAAGGCACAGGAGGGCUGUGCCAGCCCCACGGCAGCCCCAGCAGGAGCUGUGCCCCCGUGUGUGUCCCCUUUGUCCCCAAGGAGCCGUUCCUGGGCUGGGGGUGUCCCCUGUGGUGGUGUUUGAGGUGCCCAGGAUGGGGUGAGAGAUGAGAAUUUGACUCCGUUUUCAGAAGGCUGAUUUGUUAUUUUAGGAUAUGAUGUUAAAAGAAAAUGAUAUUCUAAAGAAAAGAGAGACAUCAGAAGGGUAGAAAGGAAUGAAGAAUAAAAUCUUGUGGCUGACCAGAGAGUCCGACAGAGCUGGACUGGGAUUGGCCAUUAAUUAAAACAAUCCACAUGGAACCGAUCCCAGAUGCCCCUGCUGGUGAGCAGCCUGCAGCCUACAUUCCUGGCAAUCGGAUAAUUCUUGUUCCCAUUCCGUUUCUGAGGCCUCUCAGGAGGGAAAUCCUGGCGCAGGGUUUGCAGCAGGAGCUGUGUCAGUGCCUGUCCCCGCAGCCCCGGCUCUGUCCCCGCUCCCGGGGCUCCUGCAGGGCUGGGCUGGAUCCUGGUGAGGGAGCAGCGAAGCCUCUCCCGGUGCUUUUCCCACCAACACCAGGAACCACCAGGAGAGGGAGCAGCCUUGGAGGAAUUGGGAAUUUUGGGAGCCUGGUGGGGCCACCGGCUCACAGAAAUGAGCAGAGACAGCCCUGAGUUCCUGCCCUGCUCCCCUCGCAGCUUGUGGGUCCAAGCCUUGCUUUGGGGCUUCAGCCCCUUCCUUUUGGCUACUUGUGGGGUUUUUUGGUCAUUUUCCUUCAGAUCCCAGCGGGCACAGCCACAUAGAGACUUUUCUUCUGGAGAGCUGGUGCAGGGAAGUUGUUCAGAAGCCCUGAAAUGUGCCCUGGAAAUGCCCAGGGCCCCUCUGUGCCCCCUGCACCCCAACCCUGCAGUUCAGAUUUUGUCCCCCAGGCUCUCAAGAAUGAAAAUUCUAAAAUCAUUAAAAUCAUGGAGCCUGUCUGCUCUGGGGUUUCUGCUGGCUCUGAGGGUGGGUGAGCUCCUGCCAGGGAGGGAGGAGCAUCCUGGGUCAAGCAAGGCACCAGAAUUCCCUCCUGGACUCCUGUCCUCCCCUCUCUGAGCCCUUUCAUUAAUUCUGUGUUCAUUUAAUCCUGCCAAGCUCCUAAAUCCCCCCUCCCAGCCAGCCCUGCUGCUUUCAGCUUUCCUCCCUGCCUGGGACACUCAUUAGCACAGAUCCCUCUGCAGCUCCCAGCCCUGGCUCUGGCAAUGUUGGGAUUGGAUUCCUGCUGGGGUUCAUGGGGCUGGGAAUCCUCCCUGCUGCUGAAAUAUCCCCCCCUCCUCACCUGCAUCCCUGGGGCUUUUCCAUUCCCUCUUGGGCAGGAAUAUUUUGGGGUCUGGCUCUCUGCAUAAAAUAUAAAAUAACCUCAGAGCUUC